AUGGUGUGGCGUUUCGAUCCGCGCUCGGGCGAGCUGACGGCCCUGACGGACCCGACCAUGGUGCCGAACCCCAACGGCCUCGCAUUCUCGCCAAAGGGCGACAAGCUCUACGUCGUCAACACCUCGCCCAUCAUCAACGGCACCCUGCCGCCCAAGUACAAGCGGCCCGCGUCCAUCUACGAGUUUGACGUCGUCAACGAGGGCGGCAUCGAGCGCCUCGCCAACCGCCGCCUCUUUGCGUGGCCCUGGACCGGCAUCGGCGACGGCAUCAAGGUCGACACGCAGGGCAACGUCUACGCCGGCACCUCGGACGGCGUCCAGGUGUGGUCCAAGCACGGCGAGCAGAUCCUAAAGGUCUUCAUCCCCGAGACGGGCGCCGUCAACCUCGUUUUUGCCAACGAGGGCAGGCUCGUCGUCACGGCAGAGGAGAAAGUCUACCUCAUCCAGCUCGACCCCAGCGUUCGCGGCCCGCCACUCUGGGAGUAUCCGCGCGACGCCAACGAAGAGAAGUAG